GUAGUCAUUUGACAUCCUUAAUUCAUUAUCCACUUAUAUAUUGACAGCUGUGAUCCCUUUUCUUUUCAACGUGUCAACUCCAUAAAACCCUACUCUUUUUUCGUUUUUACUUUUCUCUUCACUCUUCAGUCGACACUCUCCCCCCCCCCCCCUGUUUUCCCCCUUUUCCCAUUCAACAACCAACUCUGAUUCAUCAAUUUCUGAUUUUUCCUUUCAUUUUCUUUACUGUUCUGACAAAAACAAACUGUGGGUAUCAUUAAAUAAAGGGAAAAAGUACUGAUUUAACCUCUGUUUUGAUUUAUCUGAGUGGACUUCUACCUCAGAUACUUCUCUUCUUUCAGGUUUUGAUCCUUCAUAUCACAUUGGAUAGGAUUUGAUCUCUUAAUAAUUGGUGGGAUCUUACCAGAUCUGGUGGUGCUUUAACAUAUGUAAAUGGGGGCAGCUGAGGAGCAGACACCUUCCAAGCCUUCAAAAGCGACAAGUUCGGCCCAGGAUGCCCCGCCGACUAUGCCACCGUACCCUGAUUGGUCAAGUUCCAUGCAGGCAUAUUAUAGUAAUGGUGCUACGCCUCCCUUUUUUACCUCACCUGUUGCAGCUCCAGCACCUCAUCCCUAUAUGUGGGGAGGACAGCACCCUAUGAUGCCACCUUAUGGUACUCCCGUUCAUUACCCAGCGUUAUAUCCUCCUGGUGGCGUUUAUACCCAUCCUAAUUUAGCAACGACGCCAAUUACUACUGGGGCUCCCGAAACUGAUGGGAAAAACUCAGAUGUAAAAGACCAGACUUCUGCAAAAAAAUCCAAAGGAAAUUCUGGGAAUGAGAAGGCUAUUGAAACUGGCAAAGCAACUUCAGGCUCUGGCAACGAGGGUGCCUCACAAAGUGCUGAAAGUGGAAGUGAAGGUUCAUCUGAUGGUAGCGAUGACAACAAUCAACAGGAGCUUUCUGGAAGUAAAAAAGGAAGCUUCGACUUGAUGCUUGAAGAUGGGGCCAAUGCGCAGAAUAAUGCAGUGAAUUCAAGUGCUCAGGGCCCGAUGCCUGGAAAACCAAUGGUUGCUAUGCCCGCAACCAACCUGAACAUUGGCAUGGAUUUGUGGAAUUCAUCUGCGGCUGGUGCAGUCAAGUUGCGCCCUAGUACUGGAGUGACAUCUGCGGUUGCUCCACCUAUGGUUGCACCUGACCACCAAUGGAUUCAAGAUGAGCGCGAGCUUAAAAGGCAAAAACGAAAACAAUCUAAUAGGGAGUCAGCUAGACGAUCAAGGUUGCGUAAACAGGCUGAGUGUGAAGAACUGCAAAGAAGGGUUGAAGCACUAAACAACGAAAAUAGCAACCUCCGCGAUGAGCUCAAUAGAUUAUCCGCUGAAUGUGAGAAACUGACAGCGGAAAACAAUUCUAUCAAGGAGGAGCUAACCCAGAUAUGUGGACCAGAUAGCUUACAAAGCCUUGGAGAAAAUAAUGCUUCUGGUGAGGGUAACAGUUGAUUAGUACUUGAUCUUUCCACAGAAAAUCGAGAUUAGGGAAACAUUCUGUUUUUUAAUACGAUGUAUACCAUUUUUCCCCCUUUUUUCGCAAUCGAUAAUUGAUGACGAUUGUAAUAUGAUUCUCAAUUUGUGCUAAAGAGGGUUUCAGUUAGCUUAUAGUUUGUUACUUCACUGUCUUGAGUUAGAACCACUGUAUAAAGAUUAGUAUUCCUGUGUAAUUGAGAAGUCAAACGUGUGUAUUUUAUUUGAUAUUCAAAUGUUUUAAUUGAUUUUAUUUUAUUAUCUGCACUUCUACUUAGGAAGCUUCAAGCAUGUUGUAUUCAUUGUUGAAUGUUGGCUUGUUAGCUACUCCCUCUUUUCCGCAAAGUUCGCAAUAAAUACAUUAUCCAGUGUUUGCUUUAUCGGAUAAAACGAUAAACUAAACGUGGGAGAGAAUUAA